AUGGAGAAACCGUUUCCCCUCUUCCGUCUACCAAGACUUGCAAUUGAAGAAGUAAUAAGCACAAUGACUCCUUUUGAAAUCAUCAACUUCUCGAUGACUUCCUUGAAAAUCAAGUAUUUUAUCAAGUGUUUACUGAGAACCAGUCGCAAUUCCCAAUACGUUUUGCAAGUGAAUACAACUAAAGAACCAAUAAUCGUAUUAAGAGGAUCGGAAAUCUAUUUUAAAAUCAAAAUAACAUCCUUUAAGACAAUGAAUCGGCAGAUAGAAUACAAACAUGAUUUUGAAAUCCAGAAGUAUGACAUAUUCUGGAUUUACUCGGAAAAUUUGAUAGAUGAAUGGAUGAAUUUUGUGAGAAUAGUGAAAGAGGUUUUCCAGAUUGAAGAACACAUUGUUAUAUUUCAUAUUGACCAAUUUCCAACGAGAAACAAAUUGAUUGUUGACUUUAUCAAGUCUCUAACUCCAUCGAUUGAAAGUUGUGAGUUUCAUGGAAAAACUGAAACGGACGAAGAUGUUGAGUACUUUCUGAAUAACCUGAAUGUUACUGAAUUCGUAGGAUUCAAUCUGAAACUCAGUGAUCGUUUUACGUUUCCACAGGAUAACUUUCUUGAAGGUUUUACCAUUGAUCCAGCAAACUGGUUAACAUUCGAUAAAUUGCUGCGUUUGAAAGGUUCUGAAUUUUACAUCCACGGUUCUCCAUUAACAAACCAAGAACUUAACCAGUUUCUAAUUCUCUGGAUGACAUCUCAAUGCCAUCAGAAUCUAGGGUAUCUUUUGAUAAAUAUCAAUGACCCCCAAUCAGUUGACAUCAUUUUUAAUUUACCGUUUGAAAUAAUGAAUCCAAAUGUUGAACGAAUUGGCAGACUACCGAAUAACGACACUAUUUCAUUAAAAGAAGGUAUCGAUAUCAAGAGAAACGACGGGAUGACUGGAACCAUUAAUUUCGAUCGGAGACUUGAUAAAAUGCUACUGACGAUGGUGGUUUCUCAAAUUAAUUGA